CUUUCCGAGUCAAUAUUCGUUUUUAUGUUAUUUCGAUUUUAUUAAUAAAUGUUUCUUUGAUCAUGAAUUAUGCUGCGUCCAUUUUGGUGGCAAUGAUUUCCACUCUCUCUUUCACAAGUGGACAAGAUUGCAAUUUAGACGCUUGCCCCAAGGGCAACGUGGAACUGGCGUGUGGAUUCGAUUUUGAAGACAAGACAUACACAAUGUUUCCCAAUAAAUGUGCAAUGAAAGAGUACAUUAGAUGCUUCGAAACGGUGUAUAUUCAAACACCUUUGGAAUUCUGUGUGAAAUAUCACAACAGGCAAUUGAUAUCCAGAAGAUCUGAGGAAGAUUCCUGCCCAGUAUUCUGUGCAAAUUACUAUAGACCUGUGUGUGGAGCAAACACCAUUAGGUCCUAUGUGUACAGGUCUUUCCGGAACCAGUGCCAUAUGGAUAUGCUGAACUGCAGGGGCGACGAUGAUAUUGAGUCUUACGUGGAAGUGCCUUUAGAACACUGCGAGAGACAUGCAAUGAAAAAUUACUUCAAAGACAACAUUUAUAUUGAAGGUGCCAGAAAUAUCAAAUAUUACGAUUAAUAAAGAAUGGGAACUUUUAGUAUUUUUUUCAGUGUUUAGAAAAUGAAACUAUUUGUUACUAACAAUUUAUCAAAUCGGAAAGCUUAGUGAUUUCUGUCAUUGUAAAAUCUAAGUGAAUUAUUUGAAAGAAGCUUAUUUUCAAAAUUACUACAAAGUGGAUGGAAUUAAUAAAAAGCUU